GGCCAGCGUCCUACAUAAAGAGUGCGGGACGGGGAGCCGGACGGCGCGCGCGGGGCAACAACACCUUUCUGCAAGCACACCGCCAAGACACAGCAGCGAGAGGAAGAGUCGGGAGAAGGGUGGCACAGAGGGAGGAAGAGAGCCAAGGAAUAACUGAGAAGAUAUGGUUCGCUCAUGUGGACAAGGGAUCCCUGCCUGGGCCUAUGUGGGCGCCCUGUUCCUCUUAAUCCACUCUGUCACAGUUGGAGGAGCUGCCCUGAAGCAGGAGGUGGCGUUGGACAGUGGGGCCACGGUGCUGAAUCACUCCAUGAGUUUGGUGCAGCGUAUGGAGACCCUGCUGGCCCUGGGCAACAGCAGUGACGUCACCCUCAAAGUGCAGACCAUCAACACGGACGAGGUGAAGGUGAUCCAGGCCCACAGCCUGGUCCUCUCGCUGCAGAGUGACGUGUUUGAGGAAAUGCUGCUCAGUCGCAACGGCAGCGCGGUAUUUUUGAGGGAGACGGCCGAAUGCGCAGCCGUCUUUGACAAGUUUGUCAGGUAUCUGUACUGUGGUGACAUCUCAGUGCGGCUGGAUCAGGCCAUUUCUCUGCACAAGCUGGCCAGCAAGUAUCACGUGUGGGAUUUGCAACAAGGUCUGACCCAGUAUAUGACCCAACAUCUGUCUAGUGAUUCGCCCACGGGCCAUGUGAUCGGUUGGUACAACUACGCGUUGCAAAUUGGGGACGUUGUCCUGCGGGACAGCUGCCUGCAGUACCUUUCCUGGAACCUGUCGUCUGUGCUGCAGAGCGGAGAAUGGGGCUCCAUCAGUGAGGACCUGCUCCUCUCCUUGCUCCAGCGCUCUGACCUCAUUCUGCAGAGUGAGCUGGAGCUUUACGAGGCCCUGGAGGCCUGGAUUAGCCAGAACAAGCCUGUCAGUUCGACGAUCGAAAGCGCCUUAAGGGCUGUUCGAUACGGCAUGAUUCCCCCUCAGCACCUCUUCCGUCUUCAGAAGCAAUCCCCCCUCCUUCAGAAGCAUUACGAGUCCAUCCGGGAUCUACUCUACCUAGCUUUCCAAUUUCACUCGGCUUCACCUAUACAAUUGGCCAAGUACUUUGAUGUCAACUGCAGUAUUUUCACCCCGCGUAACUACCUGUCCGUCUCCUGGGGUUCCCCAUGGCUCCUCAAUAACCCCACUCGCGAUGACCGCAGCUUUAGCUUCCAGACCCAGCUCGGGCCCAGCGGCCAUGACUCCAGCAAGAGAGUGACCUGGAACGCCCUUUUCUCCCCUCGCUGGCUCCCACUCAGCGCCAGGUCAACCUACACAGAGAUGGGCGCCAUGCAGCCCACACGCACAGAUGCCGGUCGACCCCGCAUCAUCGUAACACCUGCCACCUCUAGUCCAGACUUUGCCGGCGUGAGCUUCCAGAAGACGGUGAUCGUGAUGGCAAGGCAGCAAGGAAAAGUGGUGGUUCGGCACGUCUACAACUUCCACCAAAGCACAGAGGAGGCCGGAGACUUCCUGGUCGACGCCGACCUGCAGAGACGCGUGUCAGAGUACCUGAUUGACAGCUCCCUCUAUCUGCACGUUGUAAUAAAACCUCUCUACCACUCUCUCAUUGUGUCAAGGAAGUAAACGCCUGGAAUGUGGUGUGACGUUAUCGUUAUACACCCUGCACCAUCAUUCCAAAGAAAUCUCAUAGCACGUGUUUAGGCAUCCAGUGACGGGUGUGAUCUCUAUUUUGCACGAAGCUACAAGGAAGCUUUUCCAAUAUAACUCCUCAGAAGUGAUGGUCACAAUGAUGAUGCUUUUUUUUUUUGAGUAUUUAUGCAUACUAGAAAAAACAGAACAAAAAAAAUCUAUUGUACUGUAUUUGUUCAGUUAUUCUGUAGUCAGGCAGUUUGUUCCUUGGAUGUAUGUGAUAGUUAAUGUUGUUUGCAGAGGUACUGUAGGAAUUUUUAUUAAAAAAAACGUGUUUGUUUUGCAUUUCACUAUCUAGCAGUGGAAUAUAGAUAUUUAGUUCAUUACACCUAUAUCCUGUUCAAUCCUGCAAUAUACUUGUUAGUUGUUUACAUAACAAAAUGUGUAAUUUGAAGUGCAAUCCCACUUGUAUGCUCUGGAUGAUUUGUAUGACAGUGCGUCCUCUAUUUCUUAUUCAUUGUUGUACCCUCGUUUUAUCUCCCUUUUAAAUAAACUGUAUGUGUAAGUAUGUGA